AUGCCGACUGCAGCCUGCCCGCCUUUCCCCGUCGUCAUCCGCGCAGCCCCCACGGCGGCACCCGUCCUUUUUGCACUCGAUCGAAGAGAGUACGGCCCUAUCAAGGUGUCUCGCGCGAAUUCCUGGCAGCGUAUAGCCCUCGCCCAAUCAACAGCCGAGUUGAUCCCUGCCUGCCGCCCCCGUCCCAGCUACGACCUCCGCCAGCGACUAAGGACGCUAUGUCCGGUCGGGAAGGACGAUAUCCUCGUCGGCAGCGUGUGGACGCUCGCGCGGGCCUGA